UAUAUCAUCUAACCUCAAAAAACAUUACGAAAGUGCAAAAGAGUGUAUUUAAAAAAUAUUAAUAUUUUUAGAAGAAUGAUAAGUUUUCGCCAUUGUGUAAUGCAUAUUACAAAUUUACAUAAUAGUAUUUGUAUAUUUCGUAAAAUUAAUAAUAAAUCCUUUUAUAUUAGUUCAUAUUCCUCUUUUAAAAAUUCAUUAAUUGAUAACCAUUUUAAAACACUAUUGGUUCAUUCUACCGGUAUUAACAAUACAAUAUCAAAAGAAUGUUCUAAUCAGAUUAAUCAUAUAAUUAAUAGAACUAAACAAAAUAGUAUAUAUCAAAAACAAUGUAAAUUUAUUUCCACGCAUACAUCUGUGCAUAAAAUCAUAAAUAAACGAUCAUCAUAUUUUGGAACAAAUCCGCUUUUUAUCAAAAAUGAUUUUACUACACGAAAUCGUUGUAAUGUAAGACAAAUCUCAAGUUUUUUUGAAGGAAUGACUGAUAGUUUGUAUACAAAUUAUGUUAAUUUAAUAUAUAUUAUAUCUGGAAGUACACCUGUGGAAUUUACUCAAGAUUCUUUAGUAUGGUUACAUACUUAUACAGGUUUACCAUGGUGGGCAACUAUAAUAUUGGCAACUAGUUUACUACGAUUAAUCAUUAGUUUACCAUUAUCGAUAUAUCAGCAAAAUAUAACUGCUAAGCUAGAAAAUUUACAACAUGAAAUGGUUGGUAUUACUACAAAUUUGAAAAGAAAAACUAAAGAGGACAUGUUUAGACAUGAAUGGUCAGAAGAAUAUACAAGACGUAUGUAUAAUCGUUCGGUAAGAAAAGCAUGGAAGGAUCUGAUUGUUAGAGACAAUUGUCAUCCAGUAAAAAGUAUACUUCUUCUAUAUAUAGAAGUUCCAAUAUUGAUAAUAUCAACCUUUGCACUCAGAAACUUAUGUUAUAUGUUUCCCAAAUCUAAUAUUUAUGCUUAUGAGAAUUAUCUUGAACUCACGACGGGUGGUUUUGGUUGGAUAUUAAAUCUGGCAGAUAUAGAUCAUUUUUUUAUAUUACCUGUAUUGAUUGGACUAAUAAAUUUAGCUAAUAUAGAGGUUGCAAUCAUGUUCAGAUUGAAGGAACCUACACGACUGCAGAAAGGUUUUUUUACUUUUUUUAGAUUAGUAGCACUUAUAAUAAUACCUCUAGCACCAUAUAUACCUUCUUCUCUGAGCUUAUAUUGGAUAACGAAUAGUGCUUUUAGUCUGUGUCAAAAAUUUUUAUUGAUGUCACCAAAGUUUCGCAGAUUAACAAGAAUUCCAGAAACUGAUUCAGAAUUAUCACAUCCAUAUAGUUAUUUAUAUGAGAAGAUGAAGAAUAGAGCACAAUUGAUGAGAAGAUUAAAAUGAUUGAUACAUAAAAUAAAUAUUCUAAA